AUGAGCCCCCUUCGAUGGGGGCUUCUGCUCGGCUGCCUGGGCUGCGCGCUCCCGCCGCGGGUGCGGGCGCAGUUCCCCCGCGUCUGCAUGACGGUGGGCAGCCUGCAGGCCAAGGAGUGCUGCCCGCCGCUGGGCGCCGACACGGCCGACGUCUGCGGCUCUCGGGAGGGCCGCGGCCAGUGCGCGGAGGUGCAGACCGACACCAGGCCCUGGAGCGGUCCUUACGUCCUGCGCAACCAGGACGACCGAGAGCGGUGGCCACGGAAGUUCUUCGACCGGACGUGCAGGUGCACAGGAAACUUCGCCGGCUAUAACUGUGGAGACUGCAAGUUUGGCUGGACUGGCCCCAACUGCGAUCAGAAGAAACCCCUGGUUGUCCGGCAGAAUAUCCACUCCUUGACCCCUCAGGAGCGGGAGCAGUUCUUGGGCUCCUUAGACCUCGCAAAGAACACGCCGCAUCCGGACUACGUGAUCACCACACAACACUGGCUAGGCCUGCUCGGGACCAACGGGACCCAGCCACAGAUCGCCAACUGCAGCAUUUAUGAUUUCUUUGUAUGGCUCCAUUAUUAUUCCGUUAGAGAUACAUUAUUAGGACCAGGGCGCCCAUACAAGGCCAUAGAUUUCUCACACCAAGGCCCCGCCUUCGUUACCUGGCACCGCUACCAUUUGUUGUGGCUGGAAAGAGAUCUCCAGCGCCUCACUGGCAAUGAGUCCUUUGCUUUGCCCUACUGGAACUUUGCCACCGGGAGGAACGAGUGUGACGUGUGUACAGACCAGCUGCUUGGGGCUGCAAGACAAGAUGAUCCGACUCUGAUUAGUCAGAACUCCAGAUUCUCCAGCUGGGAAAUUGUCUGUGAUAGCUUGGACGACUACAACCGCCGGGUCACCUUGUGUAAUGGAACCUAUGAAGGCUUGUUGAGAAGAAAUCAAGUGGGAAGAAGCAGUGAGAAAUUGCCAACUUUAAAAGACAUACAAGAUUGCCUGUCUCUCAAGAAGUUUGACAAUCCUCCUUUCUUCCAGAACUCUACCUUUAGCUUCAGGAAUGCCCUGGAGGGAUUUGAUAAAGCAGACGGGACCCUGGACUCUCAAGUGAUGAACCUUCAUAAUUUGGUUCAUUCCUUCCUGAACGGGACAAAUGCUUUGCCACAUUCUGCUGCCAAUGAUCCUGUUUUUGUGGUGGUUUCUAAUCUUUUGCUUUACAAACAAUACACUACAAUUUUGCCUUUUGUCAGGAAGGAAAAGCAGACAGGGCCCCUGGGCUCCCUGAACGACAGUCUAGGAGUCCUUCAUUCCUUUACUGAUGCCGUUUUUGACGAGUGGAUGAAAAGAUUCAAUCCCCCUGCAGAUGCCUGGCCUCAGGAACUGGCACCCAUUGGUCACAAUCGGAUGUAUAACAUGGUUCCUUUCUUCCCUCCGGUGACUAAUGAGGAACUCUUUUUAACUGCAGACCAGCUUGGCUAUAGCUAUGCCAUUGAUCUGCCAGUUUCAGUUGAAGAAACUUCAGAUUGGACCACAACCCUCUCAGUGGUUAUGGGGAUGCUGGUGGUCUUGGUUGGUCUUUUUGCACUGCUGAUUUUUCUUCAAUAUAGAAGACUUCGAAAAGGAUAUACACCCUUAAUGGAGACACAAUUAAGCAACAAGAGAUACACAGAAGAAGCCUAGAUGCUCACGCCUUACCCUAGAGAAGAGGCUGGCCAAGGCUUAGUUCUGACCCUGACAGUGAGCAAACGAAUCCUCACUGUUUUUCCUUUCCUUGAAGAUCUUUGGCAUAGCUCCUCCUGUUGUGGGAUGACCCCAAAUACGGAAGAUGCUUAGCUGUAGUUUCUGGUUCGCUUUGUUUAUCUAACAAACAAGCUAAAGUGCUUGAGGGUGUCUCUACCAUCAAACAAAGGUAGAGCUGAUGAUGAUUGGUGGUAUUUAUUAAUAAUUCCCCAUAUUGAUUAAGCCUCCUCGUGUUCUGAGAGCACCUCCAAAAAUCGAUAGAGUGGAUUCAUUGAAAUUUGCAGGUCAGUGUAAUUUGAGAGCUGGACAAGAUCAUGGUUAAAUCUUUCUCAGCCCACGCAUCUUCAUUUGUAAAGGGAUGGGGGCAGGAAGGUGCAGGUGCUACAUGAGUCUCCACGGCCUCUUUUAGGUAUAAACAUCCAUGAUUUUAGGUGCCUUCCUGAUCAUCUUCCUGCGGCUUCUUUUUCUUUUCUCUUGUUCUCCCCAGCCUUUAAAAUGGCCUUGAAGAUGAAAAUAGGCCUUAUUUUCCAUACAGGAUGGAGAAUGAAUGAAUGAAUGAUCAAUUUGGUUCUCUUUCAUAAAUUAGACUUUACAGAGUUUAUAAAGAGUCUGCAGUUCUUAACAGCAGAGCUAUCCCCAGAGUCAAUAGCUGAAUAAACAUUGAUCCUAUAGUGGUAAACGAAUAGAUGAGGGAUUAAAUUAGUUUAAAUUAAUCUGGUUGAUUAAUAUACUGUUUUGAACUUAUUAACUAAUACAGAGUCACUCUUUCCAGGAAAGUCUGACUGGAGAAGGCUGGUGAGCCUAUCAUCCUGAACAUGAGACAAUUUGAGUGUUCCAUUGCUCUGAGGUCUCAUUUGGCUGACCCCAAACCGAUUCCUUUGCUAGGGAGCCUCAGAUGAAAACUUAUUCACGCAUUUGGCUUAUUUUUAAGAGUUGACUUUAAAUUCAUUAAUGCUGCCCUGUACUGACGUUACUUACAAAUGCUAAUCAAGUCUUAUCAUUUAAAAGCAAACCAUCCAUACAAAAUACGACAAUUCAGAAUUAAAUGGUUAUGACCCACUAAGUAAUCAUCAGAUUAUGAGAGAUAAGAAUGAGGCAGUCUUUACGAAAAUGUUUAGACAUAUCAAGAUGAUCCCUCCUUCUGAGGAGUUAAUGGUUUUUGAGAUCUUAAGGCAGUUUCAUCUGUUCAUAUCUGGCAUCCAUGCAGUAGGAGGGAAGCCACAGAGGUGGCCCUUCGGUCCACUCACUGCAGCUCCUCUCUACUGGAUGGAUGUGUGUAAAGAAUGGGGGUUAAGAGCACCCUGGAGCCUUCUCCAUAUGGCGGGGCUAGAGGGUGCAAGAUUUACCAAUAUCCAGUGUUAUCCCCUGGAAUAAGACUGCAGAAGCCAGAGAAAUGGACAGAGCUCAAUCUGAACUGAAUUUGAGUGAGUCUCGUAAAGUAUAUCCGAGAGUAGGCUCAGCAGAGGAGAAUCAAGACAGCCCAGAGUCCUUCACGGGGUGAAGCCCUGCUUGGACCUCUUUAACCAGCGCCACAUGCAUAAAUCUCAAUGCCUGCCUUUAAUAGAAUUCAUGGAAAAUUCAGCAAUGUGUUAUUAACAUGGUCCACUCUGGCAGGUUUAUGUUCUGAACUCAAGGUUGUUGGGGAACACAUUUUUACAUCCUGUUUUUAAACCCAAAGAGAAAUAUCUUAAGAUGAAGAUAUAAGUGUGCGUGGUAGGUAUGUUCCUGAAAAGUUGUGUAUAAAUCAAUUAUACAUUAAAAGCACCAGGGGAAAUUACUUUUUAUGGAUGAACUAUUAUGAAUAAUUCUAUAAAGCACAUAACCACCUCUAGCUUAUCCUUCGAGUAUAUCAGAAUUUUCAUACAUCAUAUUCUCAUAAGAUUUGUUUAAAAGCAAGAUCUAUCUGUGGCAGAAAUAAAGACUAACCAUUUAUACUUAGCUCCUUUUAACUAUAGUGUGUGCAACUUUUCAUAAAUAUUAUGUUUUAUGAUGCCUUCCUAAGAGAACUAGUUUCCUAAUUUUGUAGUUCAUAUUAGAGGAAUAAAAUUUUCUAGCAUUUUCUAACAUUACAGUAAAUCAAUGAUGACUGCCUUUCAGCAAAUCUAAAGGUAGAAUAAACCUGUAGAGUAAAAAGUUGGUAUUUACUUACAGUGAAUGCUAUGCAGAUAAACUCAGAAAAUAUCACUCAGCAUUGUACAGCCAUACGUCUCAAUGAUGGGGGGAAAUAUUCAACCUUGAAGAAAAUGAACAGAUUGCUUUAUAUGCUUCUAUCUGUAGUAUUAGAAAAAUUGUGUGUAUAUGAAUUAUGAUUUUAAAAGAAACACUUUUUAAAAGCUAACAUUCAAAAGUGAAAUGAAAUCCAAUAACAUCUUUCCUUUGUGAAUUAAAUUCUCUUCUAAUUCUAAAAUUCUUUGACAUAAAUUUGUGUCUUGCUCUUAGGAUUUAACAUUGCUAAUUAUAAUAAUCCUAAUGAAUAAUUCUAAUCUCACAUUAACAAGAAGUAGAAAACUUACUAAAGAGGAAAAUAAAAAUAAAUAUUGUUUUGCAGAUUAUUGUUCGUCUGUUGGGGGCUAUUGUUUUUUAAUUUGUGAACAUCAAUUCCCAUUUUUUUGGCACUCGAUAUAUACAUAAAAUACAUAAUAACUACUUCACUUUUGAAAAUAAGUCCUUAAACUUGGACGGCAUUAUGCUAAGUGAAAUAAGUCAGAGAAAGACAAAUACUGUAUGAUAUCACUUAUACUUUGAAUAUAAAACAUACAAUAAAGUAGUGAAUGAAACAAAAAAGAAGCAGACUCACAGAUAUAGAGAACAAAAAAGAAGCAGACUCACAGAUAUAGAGAACAAACUAGUGGUUACCAAUGGGGAGAGGGAAGGGAGGAAGGGCAAGACAGAAGUAGGGGAUUAAGAGGUACAAAUUAUUAGGUAAAAAAUGAGCUACAAGGAUAUAUUGUACAACACGGGGAAUACAGCCAAUAUUUUAUAAUAACUCUAAAUAGAGUAUAACCUUGAAAAAUUCUGAAUCACUAUAUUGUAUACCUGUAAGU